AUGACCCUCGCACAUUCUGUUCAGCUCCCAAUUGAACUGUGGGAGAAGGUGAUUGAUUAUGUCGCAGACGAGUGGAGGCAUAAUCACAUGGAUGAUAGAGCUUGGAUGCGAGAGCUCGGGAGGGUGUGUCGGGGAUGGCAUGCUCGAUGCAAUUUUAGUGGCCGCGAGACGCUGGAUGCGAAGCCCAUAGACAAAAAGCAGGUGUAUUGCCUGAUUAACAUGCUGGACCAGAAUCCCGAGCGAUGCCGUGCCAUCAAGAUGGUCUCCUUCGAGUUCCAUUGGCACAAGUUGGUCGGCAUGUUUGGGUCGUUUGCCGCGUGUAUGGCGCAGAAACUGUCUCGAGUAUUCGUCCAUGUGACUCUCGCAUUCGGGUCGGUCAGCAUGCUCGAGCUCUCCGAAGUGGCAUUCUCUUCUGACUUGGUGUUCGGACGGCUUAGUUUGGCCGUGGGUGCAGCAUCCCCUCCAACUCGACACCGCCAGCUAGAUGAAUGCGAUGAUGUCUUCGACUUCCUUGCGCUCAUCGGCGCUCACCUGCGCCGUCUCUCCUGCCAUGAGGACGAGCUGGAGACGUGCGCGGGGCUCCUCACUGUGUCGGCGGACUCGCUCUCGCCCCUGUAUAUUGGGCUUCAUAAUAGAGCCUUUCCCAUCUACCUCACGCCCGCCGUCAAUUUACGUGUCCUGUCAUUUACUCUCCCCUUUAAAGAUUUGGCCAGAGCAGCUGGUGUGGUGUUCCGCGCAUCUCUAUCCAAGCUAAUCGGGAUCAGGAUCACUUCGACGUUUUAUGACGCUGCGUCGUCAUUCUCUCCGGUCGUCAAUAUCCCGCCCUACAAACGGCUGCUUUUCAUCUUCUCUCUAGGGUGCCCCGCAGUGGUGUGA